GUUCUACAGGACACCACAGUGUUGCUGCUUGCAGGGAUCAGUAAAGCACAACAGCCCAAACUCAGUUGUUGGAACAAACUUGUUGGUCUGCACAAAAGUCCCACAAUGUAAUUUCCUGAUCCAGAUUCUAUGCUUCUCUUCUGAGUAAUGAUCCAGCAGGCAGGAUGCUGGGGAUGGCACGGCCAAUACAAAACUGCUGGAGCACUGAGCAGGCUGGAGACUCAGAAAAUACACCUGAAAAGUAUUUGUCUGCAGUAUCAGCUGUAUCUUCUUCUGAACAGCCAUUUCUUUUGCCUUUUAAAGAAUGAGAUGGGACUAAUCAUCUUAUGUGCUUAUGUACCAAAGACAGAAGCAGGUCAUUGCAAGUGGGCAGAAGUUCUGAAAGACUUGGAGAAGAUCAAGACAUCCAAAAAUAUUGAUGUCAGUUUAUAUACUGCAAACACAGAUGAGGAUGAAGAAUGCCAAGAACCUGUAAUGAGAUGCUUUUUCUUAGAGACAGAAGUGAUUAUUCAAGAAUGUCGUAUCAAAAAUUGUAGUGAAACACAGGAUGUAGUGAACAUAUGGAAAAAUGGAAAUGCAAGUUUAGAAAAUAAAAAGUUGAAUUCCACAACAUCAGCAAAAUGCAAAGAAUGUGAAGAAUACGAAGAAAAAAGUUUUACAGAAUUUAUACAGAGUUUUGAAAAGGUUAUACAGAGGGACUGCAAACACUGACCAAAAGACACAAGUUGGGAAACAAGAUUCUUCCAUAAACAUUCUCAGAGAAAUUAGGUUAUCACCAACAAUAAAUUGGAAAAAGAACAUCA